GUGAACCAGGGGAACAUGCCCGGCAUCCAGAGCACCUUCCUGGCCAUGGACACGGAGGAGGGCGUGGAGGUGGUGUGGAACGAGCUGCUCUUCACCGACAAAAAGGCCUUUAAAGCACACGAGGAGAAGAUCAAGACCAUGUUUGAGCAGCUGGUGCUUGUGGAUCACCCCAACAUCGUCAAGCUUCACAAAUACUGGCUGGACGUGAAGGACUCGAAGGCGCGGGUCAUCUUCAUCACCGAAUACGUGUCCUCAGGGAGCCUGAAACAGUUCCUGAAGAAGACCAAGAAGAACCACAAGGCCAUGAAUGCCCGGGCCUGGAAGCGCUGGUGCACGCAGAUCCUGUCUGCUCUCAGCUUCCUGCACUCCUGCGAGCCCCCCAUCAUCCACGGCAACCUCACCAGCGACACCAUCUUCAUCCAGCACAACGGGCUCAUAAAGAUCGGUUCAGUGUGGCACAGGGUGUUUGCCAAUGCCCUCCCGGACGACCUGCGGAGCCCCAUCCGGAUCGAGCGGGAAGAGCUGCGCAACCUGCACUUCUUUCCCCCGGAGUACGGCCAAAAGACUGACGGGACGGCCGUGGACAUCUUCUCCUUCGGGAUGUGUGCGCUGGAG